AUGGACAGUGGAUCUUCUCUGGACAUGGAUGAAAUAACUAAUACGAAUGAACAGUGCCAUAUACUUAAGGAGACUGAACUUUGGAAAGAAAAUGUGGAUUUAAUAGAAAAGAGUGACUUGGGAAAUACUGUGUCCUCUUCUUGUGAAAUGUCAGCCCCAACCAACACAGGCUUAACAUUGGGCCCUGAUAGCCUCACCAGGAGGCGGGGCUUGAUUGGUAGGUUACAUCUACUGAAUGUUCCAACAGUGGAGCACAAUGGUGCUGACAACCCCCCAUAUCUGUUCGAUAGGCAUGCUCCAGGAAGGAUUUCUACUUCUCCAACAUUGAGGAGACUAAGAAAGAAUACAUCAUCAGUUUCUCAAAUAUCUCCACUCCAGGAUGGUACUGAGAACACAAGAACAGGCAACCAGGUGCCACAAGUAGAUAUUUUUCUUUCUAUUCAUCCAAAACGUCCUUCAUACCCUCAGCCCUGUUCUCCCCCAUCAUCCUCUGGCAUUUACUCAAAUUCAGUGACACAAAUAGAACACUCUAUAGCAGUUAACCCCACAGUGAAUCUUCUGGAUCAUAAAGAUGAUUUCAGUGAUACUCAAACAGCACAGAACAGUAGAGAGAACAGCCCUUCUCUAAUAUAUGAAGGAAAGGAUAUCCAGGCCUUGGAUUUACAUACAUCUAGUAGGUCAGCUGUCCGCAGGCAUAGCUCAGUGGUGGUGAGUUUGCCUGGACUUGAGAUGUUCCCAGGAGAUCUGUUGAUAUCAGACAGUGCAGCCCGAUUCCUGUACCAGUCAGCAUCACUGCAAAACUCAGUACAAUCCAAAAGGCCAUGGUGGCCAUUUACUAAAAAAGGAAUUAAUAAAGACAAACAAAAACAAAUGGCUGAGCUGGAAUACUGUCUUUCAACUCUAACCAUUAAAAUGUCAGAGUGUGGUGGCUUCAGAUUACACAAUGUUAAGGAUAAAACAUGGCAUGAAAUGUUGAAGAUGCAUCAACUUGAACCACAAACUGAUAGUGAUCAGUUAGACACAAAGAAGAAAGAAGCUGUGUGGGAGCUAUUCACAACAGAAUGCAGCUACUUUCUUGACCAUCUAUUGGUUCUCAAAAUGAUCUUUAUGGAUACAUUAAAGUACCUGCAGAGCAAGGAACUGCUCCCAGAUGUGGACCCUCGACUACUGUUCGCAAACUUGGAAGAAUUAAAUCAGGUGACUCUAAGUUUUGUAACUAGUUUAUUUAACACCAUAGAGGAUCAUCUUCUCAAGCGAACACCCCCCCUUGAUUUCAUCAGUGUACUCACAAAGUAUUUCCAAGGCAACCUGUGUCGGAGCCACCAGAUAUACUGUCUGACUUACUCUUCUGCCAUUUUUUACUUGGAAAAACUGAAGAAAAGAGAGGACUUUGGGACCUAUUUGAAAUGGUGUGAGCGGAAGAAAGAGUGUAAGCGACUCCGUUUAUCUGAAAUGUUAGUUGCACCUUUACACAAAUUGACCCGUUAUCCCCUCCUGUUAAAGAACAUCUGGAAAAAUACAGAGGCAGCAGAGAAAGUUAUCAUUGGUUCACUUAAGGAAAAGGUGGAAACAUCAAUACGGGAUUUGGAAGGUAAAGUGAAAUGGCUGGACAAUUUUCAGAAAUUUAAACAGCUUCAGGAAAUUAUAAUUUGGCCUUCACUUUGGGAUCAAGACAAAAGAUUUUUUGUUCCUGAGUGUCUCAAGUACAUGCUAAGAAAUAACCCAUGUGAAAACAUCUUGUCUCCUACAAAGAGAUCACUUCUUCUUGAAGGGCGAUUAAUACUUGCAGAAUCUAUGAGAUUUACUGACGUCUAUCUGUUCCUGUUUGAUGAUUUGCUAUUGAUUACAAAACCUAACCGAUAUAAAAAGAAAUCUGACCUGAGUUUAACACCUGUCUGUUCUUUCUUCACUCUGGAGUUGCAAUCUUUGCUUGAAGAAGGUGGUAACUGCACAGUACUUGACCAGCCUAUUCCAUUAGAUAGAAUGAUGGUAAAAAAUAUUGAUUCAUUCCAUAUAGCAGCUUUGGGACUACGAAAUGCUUUUCUAAUACAGCAUGAAAAUAGAUAUCAACAGUGCAUAGGAGCCUACUUACUUCAAGCACAGACAGAGGUAGACAAGAAAACAUGGAUGUCCCAGAUGGAAACAACAAUCACCAACUAUGCAAGAAGAAAUAAUCCUUCAAAAACUUCAUUUUUCAAUACACUUGCUGAAUCAUCUGAAAUUUAG